AUGAUGAAGAUGGCAGAGGAUGACCCGACUGCUUAUACCAAUUACGCUGCAGUUACUUUUUCCUCUUCUGCUAGAGUGAAUUUCAAGUUUUUGCCAUACUCUACGGCGGCGAAUAACAUGUUACAGAUUUCUUAUUCAGGUAUGAGUACCAACACUCAGGCAGGACUUGCAGAGGCAAAACAACUGUUCGAGGAACCCUUAUCAGGUCAGUAUCUCAGAAUUGUAUUAUUAGUAGGAAUAAAAUAAAAAUAAUAUAUAGAUUUAGCCAGGGCUAAAAGCGAGGCUCCCAUUAAUAAAUUUAUAAUUUAAAUCAAAUAAUAAACUUGUAUCCCACAAUUCAGUUAGCUUUAGAGCACAUUUAUGAGGGACGGCUAAGUGAUUUGAGAGAAAAAUAAUUUGCAAACAGCCCAAGAGUGAACCAAAUCUUACAUCGAGUUGAUAGCCUCAUAUGUACACCCAAAAACUGGUAAUCAUCUUCGAUCACAUUUAAGAGCCAUAAUGGCUCUUGAUCACCGUAGAUUAAUUAGGCCUGGAAAAAAACUUAGGCCCAAUUUUUCGCGUUCGACAAGUUUACUUUGCAAAAUCUCGCCAACAAAUCUAGGUGCGUGUAAACCAACCUUUUAUACCAUUUAUACAUCACAUCUGAGGUGAAACAGUACUAUGAGGCACUGUUUUUAUCAUACAGACCUUGGGCAGAAAGCAGUCUUUCACAAUUUUGCAUUACAAGUUGCACUCAUUCCACAUUAAGGACGAUGGAAGUACGCGUGGGCUUUUAGCUAAACCGUUAAAAAAAUUUCCAAAAUCACCUAGACGGCCAUCCGGUUCUCAUUUUUGUAGUGCAAGCUGUGGCGAGAGUUUNACAUCGAGUUGAUAGCCUCAUAUGUACACCCAAAAACUGGUAAUCAUCUUCGAUCACAUUUAAGAGCCAUAAUGGCUCUUGAUCACCGUAGAUUAAUUAGGCCUGGAAAAAAACUUAGGCCCAAUUUUUCGCGUUCGACAAGUUUACUUUGCAAAAUCUCGCCAACAAAUCUAGGUGCGUGUAAACCAACCUUUUAUACCAUUUAUACAUCACAUCUGAGGUGAAACAGUACUAUGAGGCACUGUUUUUAUCAUACAGACCUUGGGCAGAAAGCAGUCUUUCACAAUUUUGCAUUACAAGUUGCACUCAUUCCACAUUAAGGACGAUGGAAGUACGCGUGGGCUUUUAGCUAAACCGUUAAAAAAAUUUCCAAAAUCACCUAGACGGCCAUCCGGUUCUCAUUUUUGUAGUGCAAGCUGUGGCGAGAGUUUGAAUGAACAUUAACAGAGUUACGCUCCAACAUAAUAAAGAAUUUAUUAUGUUUAUUUUUUAUUUUAAAAUGGCUUAACGCUCGGCAUUUUGAGUACUCCUGCAAAAGCCAUGUUCACUGAACGACUGAAAACAAUCGGCACAGCGGUUAAAAUUACAAGAGAGACUACUAACAACCAUUAAAGGAAAUAUAAUCCGGUGUAACAUAUAAAGAGACUUCAAAUUUCAUUCAGGAAGACAAGUAUUAAAGUGUCUAAAAAAUUCUGAGUCUUGAAGCCUAAAGCUGAAGUUUAUGUUUUAAGCCAGCUUCCCGGUAUGUGCAUUUUUCAAAGACGAACUCAAGGCAAGAAAAUCGCUCAAAGCUUUCUUUUACAGCCAGAAUUAUAACUAAAUAUUCUUUGGAACGUUUUCUUUCUAUUUGCGGUGAGAAACUGUCUAUAAGCUUUUUAAAGAGUUCUGUAAGCUUAUAUCAAACUGAUACUCGGUCAGAUCAUUGUCUCAAAUCUUACAAACGUGCACAAACUAAAUACCCGCAUAAACUACGCUCGACUUCAUGAAAUUAGAUGCAAAAAUACAGACAUCAAAUACAAUAAUUACUCUGGCUUACCAUUCGAGAUGCAGCUCCUGAAAGGUAUCAAUUAAGGCCAGUAUCGCUUCAGACUUUGCAACCCUCUUACGCAUCAAGGAAGGUGAAAACGAAAACGAUGCCUUCAGCAACCGGGUUUCCGACUUUAACAAGCGACGUAUUUUUCAACCAAAAACCCAAUAAACAAGCUAGCCAAAACAGAAGACUCCAGAUAGCAGCUGAAUUUCAUUUUGUACAUCCAGUGGAAAAAGACAGUUAAAAGCAUCACAAGUUGACACAAAACUCUGUCAGCUUCAGCUGACGCGUGACCAGGGUGAGAAAAGUCAAAAGCAACUGUCUUCCCUGCCGGUAACAGCUGGCUGAAUUUUCGCGUCCAAGGUCAGUUAAACUUGAGCCCGCGAUCAUAGAAAACUAGUAACUUGUCAGCGGAUAACUUCAAAAAAUACUUGACUUCGAUGGGUCGACACCUGAGCCCGCGAUACGGUUAAGUAAUGCUGGUCAGCGGGUACCCUGUUUUGGCAGCUGUCAAUUGAUCAAAACAUUGAUGUCCAAUAUGUGUGCAUUAUUAGUUUUCCUGUGCUCCCAAACUAGCUAGAAAGGCCGCUAGAAAGUAUGAGAUUGAACAUUGUUCGCGAUCUAGUAAAACAAUCAGCAGAUUGGUCAGCAGACAACUUCCAAAUAAGUCACGUCACCUCGAUGAGUUGACACAUGAGUCCGCGAUAUGGUCACGGGAUACUGGUCAGUGGAUAUCCUGUUUUGACAGCUGUCAAUUGACUAUAUUGUGAAUGUCCUAUUCCAUAAAAGAUGUGGACUUGCCAAGAAACCCCUGAGACACCCCUCCCUUCCUUUUGAUAGCCUCCCCUACCCCUCCUGUACAAUCUGUCGACGCGUACGUACGUACGUACGCUUGGUCAAUCACGUGACAACCAAACGAAAAGAGGUUGGCCGUAUUCCAUGAGUAUGGGGCUCUGUCCCACGCGCGCUUCGCGCGCGCGGGAGCACCGCUAAAAUGCAGCCCAAUGCAAAUCGUCCUUAUGACGUAACCGUUGUAGUGACCUGAACAAGUAAAGUGGUGCUGUUCAUUAAGAUUCUUAAUAGUGCUUUGAUUACUUUUAGAUAUCCCCUUUUGAAAACAGUUGAGAUAUAAACAGGUUCCUUGCACGGGACGAAAAAACGGAUUUACCGAACGUCAAAGGUGAAGUCAAACGCGCGAUAAAGGCCACCUUUGCACACCUUUGUACAACUUUGACGCGCGACAAAUGUUUACAUUUGCCCGCGGUCAAAGGCGCGUCUUCAGGCGAUAAAGGCCGUUUUUGUCACGCCUUUAACCCCUACCUUUGACGCACGUCAAAGGUAUAUUUCAUUAGCAUUUGUACCCCUAUCAAAGGCGUCGUCAAAUAUGUCUGAGAUUCAGGCCAAAGGUGUGACAAAAGCGCGGCAAAGUUAUGUCUGUGAUUAAAGUCAAAGGCUUGUGAAAAGUGUCGUCAAAAGUGUCUGAGCCUCAGGUCAAAUGUGUGACAAAGUUGUCGUCAAAUGCGUGUGAGAUUUAAGUCAAAGGUUUAACAAAGGUGUUGCCAAAUAUGUUUGUUUUUUUUCCUCCCCUCGCAUCGCGCCUCUCGCUCGUCUCGCGCUUCGCGUGAAUUCCUCGUUCUCCUCGCGUUUCGCGCGAAUGCCGCGUUAUUGCCUCGCUAGUCAUAAGCGCUUGAUAUACAGGCUAGAAUCCAACUUGAGAUUUUCAGUCAAAUUCAAUUGCGAACUGGAUACCGUUUAAAAAGGUGGACAGAUAAGAGAUUGAGUUCUUAAUCUUGUACUUUAUUGUCCUAAAACCUCACUAGAUGAUUAGAAAGCUGAAUAAUUCCGAUUAAAACUUUUUUAAACGCAUAAAAAUGGUUUUUUAAAACAUUUUCACGAUUUAUUGUCUAAAGUACUCAAUGCAGUUUGUCAAUGGACAAUCAUAAUGACUGCCGCAAAUUUUUGAAGCACUAUAAAUGUUCCAGAUUCACGCUGUUGUCACGGACGGCAACCUGCAAAAUAGUUUAAAACACUCUUUCACGAAAGCCAGUGCUAAAAUCAUGGUAAGUAAGAAAUGUUCUUGAUCAGGAGCCUAUCUGUCUUGAUGUUAUCUUUGCGAAGAUUUUCAUUCUAGAGUGCUUUUGACUCUUGAUGUAAGUGAAAGACAAACGCCAUGUAUCUAACUUCAAUCUUCCUCUGUUGUGUGCUUUUUUUUCCCACUGGAGACUUAUCACUUUGCCUUGCUUCUUUUAUCUGUGAAAUAAUUGUAAAAAAAUAUAGAAAUUUGAGAUAAAAAGCUCAGUCAUAGUGUUUUAAAUAAAUUUUUUGGCCCCACUCCCUUUUUACUAUCGCUCCUUUUCUUCAGAAAAUCCCCCUUUCUCUUUACCUUUAUCAAAACUUAAAGACCCUGUUAAAAAUGUGUAGCGAACCUAAUGCUUUUGAAUGGAAACAUUACAUUUCGUGUACAUGUAUUGUCAUUAAGUUCGUCACCUGUGAAAUUUGACGUUUGAAUCGAGCCUUAUUAUCACAUAAUAAAGUCCAGGAAAAUUCAAUCAAAAUUUCCCUCUAUGCCCAAAGCUUAAAAUUAAACUAAAGAAACACUUUAUAUUAUACCUAGCCUGCAUAACAAGCGUUUCCAAUCGAGUUAUUGCGCGAGUUAGCCCCUCCCGGCCCCUCCUUCCUCUUUUUUUGCCCUCUUGCACAAAACUCGCGCGGAAAAGCUUGCUACGCGGCUAUUUUUCUACCUUUUUAACCCCCAAAGUUAUUGUUCAGUAACAAUAAUGAAGGGACAGCUCGGUAUGUUUGAAUGAUUGUUAUUAAAUGUUGAAACAUACCCAGCUGCCACUGUAGUGGUAAAAAAAUCAAUGGAAUAUUUUAAAAAUUAAUUAUGCAGUAUGAGCCCCAUUACGUAUAGAACCCAGAAAAAUCAAUAGAAAGAGAUACUCACGUUCGCAAAACAUCCGAAGUCUUCAAAUAAUCACACCUCUUUGUUUGAUAAACUGCACUGAAUCCUGUUCAAAUAAGCUUAUGUACUUGCUUCAGUAAUAUGCCCAUCAAAGUCUGGUACAGACAUUUUUAUUGAAGUACACUGUCAAUGAAAAAAGAUAUAUGUAAGUCUUAUAUUAUUUCAUUACCUGAGUAGUUCUCGCAGAUAAAUAUAAACUGUUAGAAAAACCAGAGUUGGUUAAUCUUGAUGUUAGUAGGUUCUCGCAUGAAGUUUUGAGUUGAAUUGCAUUGUGAAAUAUAAGCCAGGCAUUACUUUUACAGAAAUGCAUUAACCCUAUUAAGAAAAAGGGCUUGAUCUAAUGUAAACUCUACUGUGAUACAGAAAGAUUUUUAUAGUUUACUGAACCAGAUUUAACGAUCAGAAAAGCUCCCAAGCACGAUAUACACGCCUGUUCGGAGUUGGUUUCUGUAAGCUUAACAUAGUAAAACAACUAUGAAGUUUGAAGAAGAACUAUUGCAUGCACACAUAGAAAAGAAUGACACGUACCUUUUGAACAAGUUUGUAGUCUAAACUCUAUCAGAGAUAAGGGCGAAAAUAUUUGUUAAAAAAAAGCUGGACUGCUUCGUACAAAAAAGCAGCUUUUGUUUUCUUCAGAUCUGCGUAGUUUGUUUGUUUGCGCGGGCGGAGAGAGUUUGCAGCCGCGACAAUUUCGCGCCAAAAACAGGGUGUCUUGCUUGGGUUCAGUCUUCCAUCGUCCAGUUGUUGAGUCAUUGUUUUGCGUCGCUAUCAUUUAUUCAUCGUAUAUUAAUCGAUCAAGGGGAAAAUGAUCCACUCAAGAUAAGACAAAAACAAAACUCACUUAAUUCACCUCGAAAAAGUACAUAUUCCAGAACAUUUUCAAAAAUAAUUAUAAACACCAAUUACAAUGAUUACCAGCCUGUGUUCGGUAUUGUCGUAUAAAUAUCUUUAAAACAGUAUUCAAAUACAGCUUUUUAAUUUCCUUUCUUAAAAUCAGUUUCGACAUAAGUGUUUGUAGAAGUAAUUCAUUGCAUAUUUGCUCUCACCCUUGACACCAUUCAAAAGUGUUGUAAAAGUGUAGCGGUCGUAUUUGACUUCAUUUUUGACUAGUAUCAAAGGUGUGGUCACAGCCACUACUCUUUUGACUUUAUCUUUGACGUGCGUCAAAGGUAAAGUCAAAGUUACCAGCAUAUUUGACAACGCCUUUGAUAAGGGUUAAAGGAAUAGCAAAGCAUUGAUGCAUUUGACUUGAUCUUUGACGCACGUCAAAGGAGAAGUCAAAGUUGUUACCAAUUUGACUUCACCUUUACCGAGGUCAAAGGAGUAAGCACAGAGGUUAUAUAUUUGGCGACAUCUUUGACGCGCGUCAAAGGUGACGUCAAAGCCAAUACCAUAUUUGAUUUAACUUUUGACGCGUGUCAAAAGUGUCGUAAAUCCAAUUUUUCGUCCCGUGUUGUGACCCUUACAGAGAUCAGGGUUCUAUUUAGGGUAUUUGAGGGGUAGAAGCUUCCCCCCCCAAAAUGCCCAGCUUCCCCCCAAAAAAUAUCGGAGCUAAGUGUAACAUUGUCAGAACGUGAUCACGACUAAAAAAUAAAAUAAAAUACCACUGUAACAUUUCUCAAAAUUGGGCCUCAAAAUGCAGCAGAUUGCAUCUCAGCGCAUAUACAUUUCAAACAAUUUCCGGGGGAGCAUGCCCCCGGACCCCCCUAGGACAUUCGUGGCCCUCGGCCACUCGGGACUUCUCCCCCAAACGAUAAAUCCUAGAUAAAACCGUGCAGAUGCGUAAAACUCCAGUUGGAUGCUGAUGUAUUUAGCGAGUAACAGAGGCUCCCCCACGCUAUUUUAUUACCGAUAAAGGUUUUUUCAUUCAUUAUGCAUACUGAAAGGGAGCAUAGGAUAAUUUUAAGGAAGCAUUUUUCAUUCAUACUCCCCUUCACAAAAUAUAUACAUAAAAAAUUUGACACCUCCCCUUUUGACCAAAAGUACAAAUUAUAAAACCUUGCCCCCCUCUCCCCCUCCCCCCAAAGGAAAGUAGAAUAUAGGCAUGCAAUACAACCGCCAGUAAUGCUAACAUACUUUUAAGGCAAAAGGACUAAAAAAAGGUUACAAGAAAAUCAUAGAUUUUAGUAUUUCUGGAAUAUUGAAGGGAGUGGUAUAAAGAAAAGCUAAUGGCUCACUAGGGAAAUUGCUGACAGCGGACCAGAGGAAGUUUAGAUUGAUGAAGUGACGCGAUGUCCUUUCAAGGUCCCUCGUGAAUGUUUUAUGGGAGAUAGAGAUAAACACAGGAACAAGCCAAAAUGAAAUGAACACAAACAAAAGAAGUCCUAAGAAAAAGUCAUAUACAAAGCUUAACACUAACAGGUGUUCAAGGGUACUGAAUGGCCUAAUAGGUUUAGCACUAACAUAAAGGUCUUACUAGUUGGCAUGCUUCUGAGAAAAGGUCAUGAAGAGGAGAUGAAGUAAAUUCAUUGUAUAUAAUAAGUUAAGCCAAAAUAUCAUCUACAACACUUUAUCACUGAAAAAAAUUGAAGAUAAUUAUGGCUGAUCAAAAACCAAAGAAAAUAAAAAAUGAAAUCAUAUCAUGUAUGUAAAAUGCUGAAUGCGAGAUUUAGGUUUUGAAAAGUUAGAAAAAUGGUUUGGUUUUGAUUAUAAUGAUGGUGAUGAUAAUGUCGACAAAAAUAUACCGUUUGAUGUCAUCAGAAUGAAAACAAUCUAUAAAUAUUAUUAAUGGGAGCCAGUUACGGUAAAGUUUGCAGAAGAUGAUGUUGAAGGUUAAAAGAGCAUUGACUAAUUUUGUUUCCUUUUUUUAGUACUAACUUGUAAACAAUUUGAACUUAUAUGUGUCUUCACGUGUGUAAUAGUUUAUCAAAAAAUGUUAUGAUUUAUUUUUCAAUAAAAAAACAAAUGGCACCGUCCUUCAGAAUUUUUUUUAAAAAUCGUUUCAGCUCAACAUAAAAAGAAAGAUUACCCCUCAAACUCCCCCCGUGGUAUACAUAAGAUAAAUGUAGCCUAAUUCAAGCAAAAAUUGCACCGAAAAGGCUAUAUUAACAUUAAUUUUGAGUGAAUGGUCUGUGGAGUGAAGUAAGAGACGCCAAGGGUUUUGAAAGCUAUCAAGGUUUGUAGCUUUUCUUGCGGUCGAGCGCUUGAAGUUUCCUCCUCGCAGUCACCUUUUUUUUAUUUUGAUACUGGGGGGUUGAAAAUUGGAAGGAAGGAAUAGUGAGAUCAGUGUGGUGAGGUGCAAAGUAUAAGAGGUAAGAAAAAAGUAAAAGAGAAGGGGAGGGGUAACAAAACUUUCAAAUAUUCCUUCAGGAACAGUUGUUUUCAAAUGUUGUCGGUACUAUCAAAUCAAAUCAAAUCAAAAACUUUAUUUCACUUCGAAUUUCAAAAGAUAACAUCAACUAAUGCUAAUAUCCCCGAAGGAAAAGCAAAAACAAAUAGUAAACAAAUGACAAAGGUAAUUAGAAUAAAGUAAUACUAUAUAUUAUGUACAAGUUUAAGAUAAUGUGGAAACAAGAAAAUUAUUAUAUACAUUGUGACCACAGUAACUACGUAGUGAUAAUUAAAACUAAGUACAAAAGAGCAGCAUUUAUUAGCAAAGCUAAUGCUCUUAAUUUUUUAUUUGAAAACAUGUAAUGAUUCAGCAGUUCUAAGUACCUCUGGGAGCAUAUUCCAAUAUUUGCUGGCAGAGUAGCGAAAGGAGUGCAAACCAUAUUUGGUCGAUUGAACUCUGGGAAUACUACAUUGUGGCCACAGUAACUACGUAGUGAUAAUUAAAACUAAGUACAAAAAGAGCAGCAUUUAUUAGCAAAGCUAAAUAAAUGCUCUUAAUUUUUGAUUUGAAAACAUGUAAUGAUUCAGCAGUGCUAAGUACCUCUGGGAGCAUAUUCCAAUAUUUGCUGGCAGAGUAACGAAAGGAGUGCAAACCAUAUUUGGUCGAUUGAACUCUGGGAAUACUAAGAGAGUGUUUACCACGUAAAUUGUAAGAAGAGUUUCUUUCUUUCAGUAGCUCGUGAAAAGACUUAUAUACAAGAGUUAACAUAUCAUGUGUUCUACGAUUGUGCAGGUUAGGCCGAUUGAUGUUAUUUAGAAGUUUGUCAUAGGAACUAUGAUAUUCACUAAACAAUUGAAAAUAUUUUUUCUUCACCUACAAAGGACGCCGCUUUAAUUCAAAGAAGAUGGUUUUACUUUUCACCGAUGGUCAGUCGAACGAGUUUCGCCACCUAAGUAUACCUAAAGCUGACGCCCUAAAAGGCAUUGUUGUAGACAUUUUCAUGGUUGCUGUUGGACGGUACAUUUCUGGCAUAGACGAGAUGGUGAAGGUGGCCUCCUCCCCGCCCGAGAAACACGUUUUUAGAGUCGAAAAAAACAGUGCUUUCUGGGGAGGUCGCCAAGUUGGCUAUCCAAGAAGUAAACCCCGGGAAAUACUCCGUCUUAAGCGGCGAAUAUGA